UAAUGGACCUAUGUAAUUAGUGCUGCACUCUCAUGGAAGCCAAUUGAGAUUAUAUUGUCAACAUUGGCUUAGCUAGGUUUUUUUAACAAUGACUAUUCUCGUUUAUAAUGUACAUACUCAUAUUCAGGUCUAAGUCUAGAAAUAUUGUCUGUACAUUUUUAUGACAUUGUUUUCGUUUGUUUCUAAACUCCGUUACCCACUAGUCAGCAGCAGGCGAUGUGAGUCUUUCAGGUGGCGCUUCUUGGGUGACGUAUAAUCUAGUGGACGGGACACAUCAACAACAACAACAAAGCUACCGAUUCAACCCCUUCGGCAGCUUGCUAGCCAACAUAAAACCGAAACAUUGAAGUUCUUUUUAAACACAAUCCUGUUAACGUAUAUACCAGUUAACUUAAAAGUAAUUUGCUUGUUCAAUUUGUUGAAAUUGUUACUCAGCCUAGCACUAAGCUAGUCGCUAAUGCAAACUAGCUAACAUCCCCGACCAUGAGCUCAUUAAACUACUCCUCCCCUGCUAAAGAAGAUGAUGUCUGCUGGGCGGAGAGAGAAGCUCUGGGACUGAACAUUGUCGUGAAAGAGGAGGAUAUUACAGUAAAAGGAGAGGAAGAAGCUUCCAGAACGAUAAAGGAGGAAGAUCAUGUUACAUUUGGAGUGGAAGAGGGGAUAGAGGCUGUCACAGUGGAAGAGGAGUGGGUAGAAGAUUUCAGAAUUAAAAAGGAAGAGGAGGAGGUUGUUAUAGUGAAAGAAGAGGAAGAACCUUCUAGCGUGGAAGAGGAGGCUAUCUCAAUAAAAGAGGAGGAGAAAGACGUUUUGGGAGUGAAAGAGGAGGAGGAGACUGAAAAAAAUCUGAUUAACACCAGAGAGAGAUCACACUCUCACUCUGACAGCAGGAAGAGUACUUCAGGGGAACAAGACCUAGAGAUGCCCAAACCAGUGAGACCACACCAGUGUUCCCACUGUGUAAAGAGUUUUAAGUGGUUAUGUUACCUAAAAGAACAUGAAAGAAUACACACAGGAGAAAAGCCUUUCCAAUGUUCCCAGUGUGAUAAAAGUUUUACCCAAUUAGGGAGCCUGAAAAUACACGAGAGAUCACACACAAGAGAGAAACCUUACCACUGUUCCCACUGUGAAAAUACUUUUUUCUCAUCAGGGGACCUGCUAAAGCAUAAAAGAACACACACUGCAGAGAGGCCCUACCGAUGUUCCCAGUGUGGAAAGAGUUUUAUCCAGUUAGGGAACCUGAAAAGGCAUUUGAGAACACACACAGGGGAGAAGCCCUACCACUGCUCAUACUGUGAAAAGAUAUUUACCCAGCUAGUGAACCUAAAAAGGCAUGAGAGGACACACAAAGGUGAAAAACCUUUCCAAUGUUCCCAGUGUGAAAAGAGUUUUACAGAGUUUGGGAGCAUGAAAAGACACGAGAGAAUACAUACAGGGGAGAAGCCUUACCACUGCUCCCAGUGUGAAAUGAGAUUUUCCUCAUCAUGGUGCCUAAAAUCACACAAGAGGACACACUCAGGAGAGAAGCUUUUCCAAUGCUCUCAGUGUGUAAAGAGUUAUACCCGGUUAGGGGACCUGAAAAGACAUGAAAGGACACACACAGGAUGAGCCUCAUCACCGCUCCCAGUGUUGCAAGGGUUUUAUCUGGUUAGGGAGUCUGAAGAAUACACUCUGAAGAGAAGCUUUACCACUGCUCCCACUGUGGAUUUAAACUUACAUGGUUAAAGCAACUGAAAGAGCAUGUAAUUCCACACCUGAGAGAAACCUUAUCAAUGCUCCCAGUGUGGAAAGAGAUAUGAAGUCAAAUUAUAAAAAUCAGACUCAAAAAUAAAUGUGUUUUUUAUUUCAACACAUGACCUGAAUAUGGAGUAUGUCAGAAAGAAUGUAGAUGCUCUGUGAUUAAAUUGCCCAUUUCAAACUCA